AUGCGUCGGUCCUCUGCAGUCAUGCCGCUGCUUUCUGGCAGCCGCGGCUACCGCGUUGGGUGGCGAAAUGCCCUGUUGGCAUCCGCGUGGAGUGUUUUCCCAGCCGUGUUUGCUCAAACGGCCAUGGAGAGUCGCGCCCUCCAGGCCGUCCCGUUACUUAAAAGCCCCAGGGGUACGAAUAAAAAUGAAGGCCGUUCCAUGGGGCGCCCGUCGAUCCCCGGCGGUGACAAUGCAACCAGACUGUUUCUGCGUCGAGGCCGAACCACGAGGCAAGCGCCCGAUGUUCCGCGUGAGGAGGAUGCUGAGGGAGAAUUUCAGACGGGCGUCUCGAGUAAAACCGGGGUGUCUGAGAACAAAAUUCUUCGUGCGUUUGAUCGCUGGGCUGAGAGAAGCGGUGGGUGCAGUGCCAAUGAGUUCCUUCAAGGUGUGCAUCAAUCGUACUACGGUCUUGGUGUGCUCUGCGAGACACUUGCAGAGGCGGCAAAGCCACAGUUACCCCUUGGCAAAAUUGUUCCCUUUGCGGGUGCUCUUGCACAGCUGAAGGGACUUUUGACCAAGCAGUACGCCAUUAGCCCAAAGGGUCUUGCCGAUGAGGUGAAGGCGGUUGCGGCAAAGUCAGGGAAAGAGGGACUCCGAACCUCAAAAGUAGUAGCGGAGGCAUUGGCGCAGAUCAUCCCCAUCUCCCUUGAGCUUGCCGAGAACAUGUACAACAUGUGGAACAAGCAGCGGAUAUUUGACUCCAACGUACUCCGUAUUGCUGCAACAAAUGAUUAUAUUCUGUCAACAAAAAUGAUUUUUUUCCAUGAAUGUCAUAAUAUGAAAGAGGUUCACUUUUGCGAUGAUACCCAGCUGUCGGUCAUAGUCGUUCCCCCGCCAGCUAACGCGGGGGACGGGAGCAGAAGAGGCCCCAGCGUCACUAGUGAUAGACGGGAAGAGUCCACCACGGAUCAUGAGAUAGCGUCUGAGACAAAGUUGAAAAUGGGGGAAGUAGGGGAUUCAGCCACGGAUAACGCGGAGGGGAAGAAACAGUUGAAGGGCCAGACAAUUAUUACUUUCAGAGGACGCCCCCUACCAACCAUACCUGCUAGUGCCGUCGCGUGCGCUGUGGCUUCGAUUGACGUUGUGACGCCCCCGCAACGCUACGAUCCCAGUUUUGACUGGUAUUACCAGCGUAUCACGGGCCAUGAGAGUGAGUACCAGCGAAUUGCAGUUGCACGUUUCUUUGCCAUGUCGAACGCCCAGACGAUUUUGGCUCCACUUGACUUUCUUGUUCGGAUGUGUACCGGCCGCCAUCUAGAGCUCGCAUGCCCCCCAGGCAUCUCGGACAUGAUUGGUAUCCCAAAGAACAUCGCGGAGUGUCCACCGGCUAUGCGCAAACUGUUGUGUUACUACCUGGACGCGGAUGGUCGUUGGGUGCUGUCGGAUCUGCUUUGGGUGGACACCGUCACGACGCCGAUGAUGCCAAAACCCGUCUCUGCUUAA